UAAUAAACAUAAUAUCCAACUUCACUGUGACUCCUUCCAAUAAUUGUAGCACAAGUCUCUGCAUGCCAGUGUCUGCAUCCAAAUGUGUAACCUUUGAUAAGGUGGGCAGCGUUGUGAGGGUCCUUAACCUACACCACCACAGUUCCCUUCUCUCUUUACAUUUAUUGUUCCCUGUGGAAUCCCUGUCAGGGAUUGAAUGGUUGGAAAGCCCCUAACCAAAUCAGUCUUCUGUUGCCCCUGCUGCAGUUGUCUGUAAGUACUGACCAGUCUUCAGUUCCUGGUCUUUUGGCUUGGUGCUUUUGCCCUUUUCCUUCAUCCCCUGUUCUCUCCAGUUUUAAUACUUUUUUAGAGGCUCUUCCAAGGUUCCUGUAAUACUAGUCUAUUUAGGCUUCUCAAGAUGAGAUUUUUCUGAUCUGGGCUCUAGUUCUUUUAUGUGUUCUUGGAUGUCCACUCCUGCUUUUUGAUUCUCUGCGUGCACUUUUAGGCUGUGUUUUUGGGCUUUUCAAGAUGAGAUUUCUUGAGCUGGGUUGUUAGAUUUGCUGCUUCCAUCUUGUUUCUUUUAAAUCCUUCUAUUCUUCUGUCUCUUUCCUCUGGAUUUUAUACUGGAUUCUAGUCCUUUUGUUUGUUUUUGAGUCCUUUUCUCUUCUUUAGCUUUGCUUAUCGAUGUUUCUUGGCUCAAGUUUGCUUCAUCGGUAUUGGUCUUCUUGUUUGGUUGAGUCCUUGUGGGAACUUGUGGAGGGGGAGGUGUGGUGGCAGGUGCUCUGUCCGAUGGACUGGUGAUAGAGGCAAUAAGUAGGAUUGAUAGAGAGAGGUGUGAGUGGGUGCGAGAGGAGAGUGACAGGAGAGGAAGGGAAACAACAAAGUAGAAGGAAAGAUAUUAAAAGAAGGCAAAAAGCAAGAGAGGAGCAGGGAGCAUAACAAAGCAGUAGACGAGUUGGAGAGGGUUGCUUUCAUGGAGUGGGAUUUAAAGAUGCCUCCUUGGGAUUUGGCAGAAUUGGAGCGUGGCACCGAGCCCAGUAUUGGUUCAGUGGUUGGUUCCAGCAGCGGCCCUGGGCAGCAGCCUAGCAGGCUCGAUUGUUCUAUUGAUUUGAAGCUUGGGGGUUUGGGAGAUUUCGGAUCGUCCAAUAAGUGGACAGACCAGCCCAGAGUGUCGACGAUGAUGGUGUCUACCUCCGGUCCAUCGAAGAGGCCUCGAGCCCCAAGCAAUGGCAGCCAGAAUGCUGCAUGCUCGGUUGAUGGUUGCAAAGCAGACCUGAGUAAGUGUAGAGAGUAUCACCGGCGGCAUAAGGUUUGCGAGGUCCACUCCAAGACCCCAGUAGUGAUGGUAGGUGGGCAAGAGCAGCGUUUCUGCCAGCAGUGCAGCAGGUUUCAUUUGCUGGUGGAAUUUGAUGAGGUAAAACGAAGCUGUAGAAAACGCCUUGAUGGGCACAAUAGACGUCGAAGGAAACCUCAGCCAGAUCCUGCAAAUUCUGCCACCUUGUUCACAAAUUAUCAAGGGACCAGGUUUUCAUAUCCUCCUAGCUUUCCAACUGCCACACCUGAGCCUAACUGGACCGGAAUCAUCAAAACUGAGGAGAGCUCACUCUAUGCGCAUCGCCCUCCCCUACAUCUCAUUGACAGGCAACAUCAUUUCUCUGACUCCCAUAGCUACAAUAAAGAAAGAAGGCAGUUCCCUUUCUUGCAGGAUAGUGAGACCACUCUCAGCAGCAGAACGGCACUCGAGACAGCUUCGGUCUGCCAGCCACUUCUUAAGGCCAUCCCUCCCUCAGAGAGCAGCAGCAGCAAGAUGUUUCCAGAUGGUUUAACACAAGUCCUCGACUCUGAUUGUGCUCUCUCUCUUCUGUCAUCUCCAUCUCAGAAUUCAAGCAUCAAUCUAUGCCCAAUUGUGCCAUCGGCCGAUCGGAUUCCCAUGGGUCAGCCUCUUGUUCCAAGUCUGCAGUAUGGUCUUGCUCGCUAUACUCAUUCACAGGCUUCCAAUAGUGUUUCGCCGACUGGAUUCACAUGUUCGGGGGUGGAGGAUGAGCAUGUGGGUACUGUUUUGGUUCCUGGUGCUAAUGAUGCCGAGCUUCACUGCCAGAGUAUUUUUCAUGUUGGAGGAGAAGGUUCCUCAGAUGGGGCCUCCCAAACUCUCCCGUUUUCCUGGCAGUAGUCAGAUUCUGUUCUAACAAGCCAAUCCUUUGAGUUUCUGCAUUCCUUUGGUUGUUAAAGCAAAGCUGUUCUCCCCCCUUUUCUUUCUUUUUUCUUUUCAUUUUAUUUAUCAUGAUCUAGAUGGAGAAUUACCAGUAUGUUGCUAAAUAACUAACCAGCGCUAGUAUUUAUGUAAUCGUUUGAGUUCUUGAUUAAGAUCCUCAAGAAAGAGACUGAGUUUAUAUCCAUGUUCCCAUUAUGGUUAUUUGUUUUACUAUACUGUUAAUCUUUGGGAAAAAUAUACAUACAUUGGAGAUU